ACGAUGUAUUUACAGGAGUAACCAGCUGAAUAAAUCACUGCAAAAAUGGAAGCAUUGUAUUAACUUAGAAGACACAUUUAAGAAAGAUCUUCAGACCAAGGAACUUGACUUAAAGGAAUGCCAGAAGCAGACAAUUUCUCUGCCCACCUCGUGUUUAAACAUUACGAGACAGGGAAUUUAUGAGAUAGAACUUCCAAAUGGAGAUCCUCUUAAAGUGAAAUGCGAUGGCAUUGGUUGGAUGGUCAUUCAGCGACGAUUCGAAGGGCAAGAAGACUUUAAUAAGAACUGGGAGGAAUACCGCAAUGGAUUUGGUGACUUGAGAGGGGAGUUUUUCAUAGGAUUGGAAAAUCUUCAUCUUAUUACGAACUCAACAAGACACGAGCUGGAUAUUUAUGUGUUUAACAGAGGCGUUUAUUAUGGAACAUAUGAUAACUUUAGGAUCGGAAAUGAAGAUUCCCUCUACGAGUUGGAAUCAAUUGGGAAUUUUACCGGCAUCGAGCCAAAUAAUUUAGAAGCCAACGUUAAGCAGAAAUUUUCAACAUACGAUAGAAAUAAUAUUCCAAAUGCUUAUCAACAUUGUGCCGAGCAUCCCAUGGGCGGUUGGUGGUAUCCAGCAAAUUGUGGUGAGAGUAAUCUAAACGCAGCAUAUAGAUAUGGCAAAGGGAUCAUUUGGCACUCGGGUGGUGCAACCUCCACGGAGAUGAAGAUUCGCCCACUUUAAAAACGUGGAAAGUCUCGCCUAAUUAAAUUACUUUUCGAGUACUAAUUUCUUCAAUCAUAAAAAAAAUGGAUUUUCUUUUGUCAAUAAAUUCAAAUCAAAUAAUUUUG